AUGCACCAGCCAUGGACAGAGAAGUACCGCCCGGGAACACUUUUGGAGAUGGUUGGAAACAAAGAAGUUAUUGCAUCUCUUCAGUCUAUUCUAGAGGCAGGCAAAAUCCCCAACAUGCUAUUCUAUGGGCCACCAGGCACGGGAAAGACAACGUCAAUAAGAGCUAUUGCAAGAAGUCUUCCGAGAUCAUGUGUUCUUGAGCUGAAUGCCAGUGAUGAGAGGGGAAUAGCAACGGUAAGGGAAACUAUAAAAGAUUUUGCAUCUACAUACUCCAAGAUGAUGAAGCUGGUGAUAUUGGAUGAAGCAGACAUGAUGAGCAGAGAUGCUCAGAAUGCCCUCAGAAGAAUAAUUGAGGACUUCAGUGCAAAUACAAGAUUUUGCUUAAUAGCCAACCACUCAAGAAAGAUAAUUCCUCCUAUUCUCUCUAGAUGCACCAAGUUCAGAUUUGGGCCUAUUGAAAGUACAGAGAGCAGAAUCAAAGAAAUAUGCAGGAAAGAAGGCAUAAAGUACACUGAAGAUGGGAUUGCAGCUGUAUCAAAGGUGUCAGAAGGAGAUAUGCGUAAGGCUGUAAAUGAUGUUCAGGGGAUAUCGUUAUCUCUGGGGUUGAUUGAUGAAAGAAAUGUCCAUAAAUUCAAUGGAAUUGCUCCUGCGCAGAUUUAUGAGGAGGUGUUUAUGGAUCUCGGAAAUAUGAGCAUGGUGGAGCUCAGAGCUAGGAUUGAAGACCUGAGAUAUGAAUAUGGAAUAGACUGUGACGCUUUAAUCGAUAACCUUGGCGGGAUCGCCCGGAAAAGUAAAAUGAGAAACAAAACGAAAAUAUUGAAAGAGUUGAGUGAUAUCGAACGUAGAAGAAGCAUAGGAUGCAAUGAAAAACUUCAAUUAGAUGCAGUCAUUUCUGUAUUUAUACUGAAUAGGGAUAAUUCCUUAUGA